AUGUUGAUGACAACCUCAACAGCGAUCACAACUAUUACUACCACAUCGGCUGCAACUACUCUCACGAUUACAUUGAAUACAUGCACAUCAACAUGGGCUAAUAUUGACGUACUCUAUCACUGCUAUAAUAAUUGUACCGUUCAAAGUUCUUACGUACAGUAUACAUACAGUUAUGUGGCUAUAGGCAAUACAACACGGCUUACGUUUGCUUUACGCCAAGAUCAUUAUUAUUUUGCACUUGAUACCAUAAGUGUAUCGGGCAAUGCAGCACCUGGUACUGAACUACUUAUCAAUGGCGACUUUGAGAUGGGUAAUCUCACACCAUGGCUCUAUUGCAAUCCAAAUAACGCAAAUUAUGCAGGUGUAGUGCGAGCAACCAACUACAGUUAUAGUGGCAAAACGUAUGGACCUCACACUGGUACGCAUUUCUAUCUGGAUGGGGCUGUUGGCUCUCCAGAUUUUAUCAGUCAAACCUUUACGACUAUAAUCGGUGAUGCAUACUCUUUAUCCUUUUGGUUAUACAAUCCAAGUGGUGGUACAGGUGUUAGUGUUGAUAUCCUAAUGAGCACGUAA